GUCUUCUCCUGCUCUUCUCUAACUAAAACCCUGUUUCUCUGUGUCUUUCAUGGCUCUCUCUGCUGGGACUGUGCUGCUCCUCUCGGCCGGGCUGUGCACCGUGUUGGCCAGCGUGUUUCUCCAGGAAUCGCGACCCUGUUACAUCCGCAAACCGAGGAAGGAUGGCUUUGCAGUGAGAAGAACACGUCAUACUCAUGAGAAACUGAACAUCUCCGAUUUGCCCGAGGCGUGGGACUGGAGGAACGUCAAUGGCACCAACUACGCCAGCACGACCCGCAACCAGCACAUUCCCCAGUUCUGUGGGUCCUGCUGGGCUCAUGGCAGCACCAGCGCCAUGGCAGACCGCAUCAAUAUUAAACGUAAAGCAGCAUGGCCCUCUGCUUACCUGUCUGUCCAGCAUGUGAUCAACUGCGCAGAGUCCGGCACUUGUGAAGGUGGUGAUCACGCUGGGGUCUACGAGUAUGCACACAAGCAUGGGAUCCCAGAUGAGACCUGCAAUAACUACCAAGCCAAAGACCAGGAGUGCCAGCCCUUCAAUGCAUGUGGCACCUGCACCAUGUUAGGAGGGUGUAACAUUGUGAAGAAUUACACUCUGUGGAAAGUGGGCGAUUUUGGAGAACUCAGUGGAAGAGAAGAGAUGAUGGCAGAGAUUUACGCUCGGGGUCCGAUCAGCUGUACGAUAAUGGCCACACCGAAGCUGGACAAUUACACUGGAGGUAUCUACUCUGAGUACCGAAAUAAUACAGAUACGAACCACAUCGUGUCAGUGGCUGGAUGGGGCGUGGAGAACGGCGUUGAAUACUGGGUUGUACGCAACUCCUGGGGAGAGCCAUGGGGUGAGAAGGGCUGGCUCAGGCUCGUGACCAGCAAAUACAAUGGAGAAAAUGGAGAAAAUGGAGAAAAUCAAGGAAAUGAAAGCAACUACAACCUGGCGAUAGAGGACCACUGCAUGUACGGAGAUCCCAUUGUUCCUGAAUCUUACUUGUAGAGGAGCUCAGCACUGUGCCAGGUCAUCACUGCACACUAUUCCGCUUUGCUCUACCAGCUUUUGAUCAGCUUAUGCUAACUUGGGAAUAUAUUUCGAGUUUUUCCUUUUAUUAAUUGUUCUUAAAACUAUGCAAUUAGUGCCACGGGUAUCAAGCUAGAUAUCU